CACUCCCAUUUCGUCGCCUACCACUAACGUUGGGUUUUCGGCCAUGGCACCGGGUCUGAUCGGCACGGCGGCGCUGGCCGUGGUUGUGUCGCUGGCGGUCCACGUCGUGCUUAACUGUCCCAUCCAGCCAGUCCCAUCGCCGCCCCUGCCCGCCGCUCCCUAUCCUCCCAAUAACCUCCUCCAGGGGCUGGAGAAGCUUGGCGAGCCGGGGCUGAUCGCGCCAGAGGACGUGUACGUGGACGCGGCGGCGGGCGGGACGUUGUACACGGCGACCAGGGAUGGAUGGUUGCAGAGGAUGCACCCCAACGGGUCCUGGGAGCAGUGGCGGUUCGUCGGCGGCACGGGCCUGCUCGGGAUCGCGCCGUCCGCCGACGGCAGCAUGAUCGUCUGCGACGCCCACAAGGGAUUGCUGAAGGUUGAAGAAAAACGCGUGACGAUUCUGGCAUCGACGGUCCAGGGCUCCACGAUUAGGUUUGCCGACGCCGCCAUCGAGGCAGCCGAUGGCACGGUCUACUUCAGCGACGCCUGCACCAGGUUCGGCUUCGACCAGUGGUUCCUCGCCUACAUCGAGUCCCGCCCCACCGGCCGUCUCCUCAAGUACGACCCCCGCACCGGCGGCGCGUCCGUCGAGCUCGACAACCUAGCCUUCGCCAAUGGAGUCGCCCUGUCGCGGGACGAGGCCUUCGUCGUCGUGUGUGAGUCGGGCGGGUUCAGAUGCUCCAGGCUGUGGCUGAAAGGGGGCAAAGCUGGCCAGGCGGACACGUUCGUCCAGGACCUCUCGGGGUGUCCGGAUAACAUCCGUCUAGCUUCAGACGGAUCCUUCUGGAUCGCCAUUCACCAGCUGAGGUCGCCGUUGCUAGACUUGGUCACCCGCUGGACCUGGACCAAGAGAGUUGUUGCUUCGUUCCCGGCGCUCGUCGACAGGAUCAUGGCAACGGCCAAGGGGGCCAUGGUGGUGCAGGUAUCAGAGAAUGGCGACAUCAUCCGUGUGCUCGACGACUCUAACGGCAAAGUGAUCAAUUUCAUCACAUCGGUAACGGAGUACAACGGGGACCUCUACUUUGGAAGCCUCUCAACGAACUUUGUAGGCAAGCUAUCUUUGGCAAAUGUAUCACAGGGGAAGAAGGAAGCUCAUGUUACAGAGUUACCCUUGUGGGAAAAAUACUCUUCUGAUACAACACUCUGCACUUGGAGUCCCAACGUAUCAAGAUAUUUUGGAGUUGCUAAUAGUCGUCAUCAAGAGCAUUUUCUGGCGCCGUUGCUAGGAAGUAAUCAAGACUCUCCAUCAAGCCCUGUUAAGCGCCAUCGGAGCAUUUUCUUGCGCCGUUGCCGGGGAACUGAAAGGAGUGUAUUACAGUGAUUGCCAACUUCCACAACCAAGUAAGAGAUUUUCUGGCACCGUUGCAAUCUUCUAAAC